AUGCGUUCAUUGCCGACUCCACAUCGAGCACCUAGCCCAAACGACAUCUUUACUGACUACGUAUCUCCACUUCUCUCGCUCAGCGAUAGACGGGCGAUCAUCUCGUUCGAGCAAUGGUCUUCCGAACUAGAUCCCUACUUUGAAGUCACGAAGAUCGCCGAAGCAUCCUUUGGCGAAGUAUACCGCCUGACAGUGAAAAGCGCUAUGCCAAACUCCCCCAGCGAAUCCGUCCUCAAAAUAAUGGCCAUGCGCUCUCCCCCAGACGCGCCUCUCCCAAGCAACAGGGACGAAGGAAAGCGAACGCGAAGAAAAGCUGAUGCGGUUCAAGAAAAGAAGAGAGAGAAAGCCGCUCGAGAAGAGAAAGAUCAAUGGAAAUCUUACGUCGACCAAAUCCAAUCAGAAGUCCAGCUUCUCCAGAACCUUAACCCAAUACCUGGCUUCACGAAUUUCCGCGAGCUUACCGUCUUGAAAGGCCGACCGUCGCUGUCGUUUUCGAAUGCCUGGAGGACUUGGAAUAGGUCACGGCCGAGGAGUAAGAAGAGUGUGUUUCCGGAUCCAAGUAAAAAGACGAGUUAUGAUGACACUCAGCUAUGGGCAGUUGUUGAGAUGCAAGACGCGGGUACGGACUGCGAGCGGUUGAUGGAGCGUGGAGGCAUCAGCACCAUCUGGGAGGUCUGGGACGUGUUCUGGGGCGUCUGUUUGAGCGUGGCUAAGGCAGAAGAGGGGUGUCGAUUCGAACACCGAGAUUUGCACUUAGAAAAUGUCUGUAUCCGGUCAUCGCAGUCUAUCGACGACAUCUCAUCACCCGUCGUCAAGAAUCCAUUGAAGAGGAAACUAGGCUUCACCAGCCUUGAAACCACCGUCAUCGAUUAUACGCUCUCUCGUGCCGACAUCAUAAACACAGCUGAACCCCAUAUCCGUCGCCCAGGCUCAUCGUCAUCAUUAUCAUCCCGUUGUUCUUCGCUAUCAAGAUCUAGCUCUGACGAAGAAUCUUUUCCAGGGCCCUCAGUUGCAUACUUCGACCUUAACAAAGAUGUCAGCAUCUUCUCCGCCGACGCGUCGGAAGAAUAUCAGUAUGAAAUAUACCGUUACAUGCGCUCCAUAGCUUUCUACGACGACCCAACCGUCCAAGUCGAAGACCCCCUCUCUAACGAUAAGAACGACAUCGAGGAGCUGGAAGAAUACUCCUUUGAGACCCCCCGCUGUUCACCUAGGAAGAACCCCAGAAAGAUACCCAGAAAGACAAGUGAGGGUAGGGGUGGAUCUGAGCCUCCAAAAGAUAUCUGGAAACAGUUUCACCCGAAGACAAAUCUUGUCUGGAUUCAUUUCAUUUUGUAUAAACUCCUGCAACAUAUCAAUGAUAACUUGCCGUCUGCUAUAGACACGGUUCGUCUUAUCAAAAACGUUAACAUUGAUGCGAGCAGCGCGUCAGUGGCGAGUCUUGUGCAUAAGAAAGCCGUGAAACUGGAGCGAAUUUUGCAGAGGGUGGCGAACCGGAUUGAACCGUGUGUAUUGGGGAAGCCGGAGUGUUUGGGGAGUGUGGGCGAGUUGGUGGUGUUAGCGAUUCAGAAGGGGUGGGUGGAUAUGGGGGAUGUGGUUGGGAGUGGUUGA